CUUUAUGUAACAGGAAGUGGUCAUAUAAAAUACAUCUAUGAUAAAAACAAAUGCGUUCCACACACGGUAGUUACAAAACGCUUGACUUUGCAGUUUUGACCACCUUCACACCAGUCAUGCUGAAAGCUGUGGGACAAGCUCUGUUCUCAACUGGACUGCAGAAUCCUAAAUACACAGCAGAGGAGAAAAAGGGACAAGACUAUGAGAUUCGCACCUACCAUGCCACUAAUUGGGUUAGCACUUCUCUGAGUGGAAUGCAGUGGGAUGCAGCCAUGAACACUGGCUUCCGCAGACUCUUCAACUACAUUCAAGGCAACAAUCACAACAAGGUGAAAGUGGAGAUGACGGCUCCUGUGACGUGCCGCGUGGACCCUGGAGCCGGCCCUGCGUGUGAAUCUCAGUUCACCGUGUCCUUCUUCAUCCCAGAGGAGCAUCAGGACAAUCCACCGGAGCCGAGCGACCCGGAGGUGUUUUUGGAGCACAGGAAAGAGUUUACAGCUUAUGUCAGGACAUUCGGUGGCUUUUCCAAUGACAAUAUGAAGCGAGAAGAGCUUCUGAAACUCAUGGAGAGCCUGCAGAGGGACGGCGUCCAAUACGUCGACAAGCCGUUCUACGCAGCCGGGUAUGACAGUCCCUUCAAACUCACCAACCGAAGGAACGAGGUCUGGGUCCUCAAGAAGGAGCAGGAGUAGGAGGUUUAAAGGUCGCCCAACACUCUGCCCACUACAACUGUCAAAUAGUCCCGUUUAGGACUAAAAAAAAUUAUAUGAUAAUUUGAUAACACUCAGCACAGCUCUUAUCAAUGUCCAAAGGGAGAGAAAAAAUAAUUGCUAUUAUAGAAGUAUAAUGAAAUUAAAUGGAAGUUUAAAGGUUAUACAUACAUUAUUCCAUGUCUGAUUGUGUGUUUUACUUUAUUUCCUUUCACUAAAAGUUACUGAAUUAUAGACUCACUUUAAGUCUUGACAAAGAGACCAAAGAAAUGAUUACACGAGCUGAUCAUAAGGUCAUCAUAAACAAAUAAAAAAACUGGAUACAGUGGGACAAUACUUCCAGCAGGUGGAGCCAAGUAGUCGGGAAACAUUUCUCUCAUUUGGUGCAUCUUGUCAUGACAAAAACCACAAGUGCCUUUUUUUUUAAUGAAUGACUUGUUUAGAAUACACUAAUUUGCUAACUGUUAUUCAUUCAGUUAUUCUUAAAGGUCAAAAAUUACUUACAAUAUCAACAAUGUGGCAAAUCUUAAUGUGUUUUCCCCUAAAUACUAAUAUAAAAAGACUGUGUGCAGGAUGGAAAAAUAAAGGAAAGGUUCAAAUGUU